AUGACUGGGAGAGAGGGGCCCCCCGCCGCCCCCAGGAGCACUGGUUUUGGGAUACAGGAGAUUUUGGGUCUCAACAAGGAUCCGGCGACUCCACCAAGGGACCACACCCGCCAGCUGCCUCCAGGGGCCCAUCUUCUGGCUGCGCGCUCCAGCCUGGGGCUCCUGGGAGCCGGCGGCAUUCCUGCUUUCUACACGCAGCCUGGACUCUUACUGGGGGAGCGCCAGGGGGUCCGAAGGAAUCUGGGGGGCAGGAGCCCGGGGCCCCAGGAGGGAAGAAGCACCUGCAGCUCAGACUCAGAAGAAAUUUCGUCAACUGAUCGGAAACUUUCCAAAUCCCUGAGUCAGAACAAGAAACGCAAAAAGAGGCGGCACAGGACCAUCUUCACCUCUUACCAGCUGGAGGAGCUGGAGAAAGCCUUCAAUGAGGCACAUUACCCUGAUGUCUAUGCUCGUGAGAUGCUGGCCAUGAAGACAGAGCUGCCAGAAGACAGGAUCCAGGUCUGGUUCCAGAACAGACGCGCAAAGUGGAGAAAACGUGAGAAGUGCUGGGGGAGGAGCAGCGUGAUGGCCGAGUACGGGCUGUAUGGCGCCAUGGUUCGACAUUCCAUUCCCCUUCCAGAAUCUAUCCUGAAAUCAGCCAAGGAUGGCAUAAUGGAAUCCUGUGCCCCCUGGCUGCUAGGUAAGGAAGGUUUUGUGAGCCUGGACCAUAGACUGACCUCCCCAAAGCCAUCAGCAUCAUGGCUCCUCUGA